CUCCUGCUUCGGUACUAAGAGACAAAGACAAAUAUCAUCCAGUAAGAAAAACAUUUAAUGUUUUUUCUUGAGCAUAAGUGAUUGUUGGCUGGCAAGGAUUAGCAAUGAGAAAGCUCCCCAUGAACCAAAGAACCUUUACUCCAUCUGACGGAGAAACCUUUCUCUCAACGUCCUUUUUGGAUGAACACAUGCCUUUGGUCUAUUCAAAAGUCCAACUUGACCUUGAAGUAGGAUUUCAGACUGACGUGCGCUGGUCGCUCCACCACCCAAACCCUCAAGGCAAAAAAUGGUGAUUAAUAUUACUAGUAUUAAUGUCCAAGAUGAAGACUUCUUUGAAGACGAGUUUGACUUUGAGACUGGUUCCAUUUUGGACCAAUACUCCGAAGAAGAGGCCGAGGAUGACCAAGAAGACCUGGAACCAUUUGUUCCCGUGGAAGUUCCCACUUUGCUGGCACUUAGCCUGCGAUAUCUUCAAAGUCGAACCACAGGAUCUCAAUUGGAACAAGUGUUAGUGAAAGGUUGUCCGCGCCAUUUGUAUGCCAAGCUUCUGGCCUCGACCUUGAUCCAUUCGAAACCUCGUCCAUUGUUUACAAGAAUUCUCUUGAAACAUUGGCCCAAAGCCGGGAUUAGUUUGGAAUAUUUGGCCUCGAAAUGCCCUCGAUUCUCCGAAGUGUAUUUGAAGGAACCAGAGCGGAUGUCCUCGAUUGGAAUUGGCCUUCUAGAGACCUAUUUCCAUAGUCUUGGAUACGUCACCAAAUCCGCACUCAAGUGCUUCGACUUUCAAUUUGUCUCCAAACGAAAGGAGUUUCAAUCCAAAUUGAGACAUCUCCUGAACACCUACUAUGACCUCAUCUCCGAUUGGGUGAUGCAAAAUAAAGCAGCCCACCUAAAAAUUUACGUGAAUAUGCAUGGCAACGAGGAAACAGCGUUUUGGACCAAAUUUCUCUCCCAUUGUGGAACGUUUGUUCAAAUUGUAGGCGUGUCAGCCGAUAGCCCAUUAGCCAGUGGAUCUCCCAAUGCGAUGAAACUUUUAAUGAAGAUCCUAGACAAGUCUGAGGUGAAUGAAUUCCACUUAUUCGGGGAAAGGCUUUUCAACCGAGGAGGCUCCUAUGAGACUGAAGUUGACCAUCUCAAAGAGAUCAUGUUCGGAAUGUAUCGCCACGAGAUCGCUCCGUGGCAAACGAAACUGCGGACAUUCGAACACAUCACCUCUCUUUCCCUUUGCUUGCCUUCAAAAACUCCAGCAUGUGAAUUCUCAGGUCAAAUCAAGAUCCAAGAGCGAGAACUUCGACGCAUAAGUCCCACGGCCAUCAAGGCUUGGUCUUCAGUAUUGCCACAUUUACGAAGCCUCAAGAAGCUAUCACUUCGGGGCAACUACUUGCGCCAUACCUUGGAGCAUCUGCUUAGAAAUGUACCAUUCUCUCUCCAAUCAUUGAACGUUGAAGAAUGUUGCCUUUCUUCCAAAGACUUGAAAUUCCUCGCCACCAGUCCACAUCACCGGACUUUGACCGAAAUUAACCUGGGCGAUCUGGAUUUGGGCGAUGACCGAUUUGGUCACAUUCUCGGACUGGUUAAAGUCAUUCCCAACCUUGAAUCGUUGGGUUUGUGCCUGGAAGGAUAUGAGAGGUAUGCCGACAAUAUCUGCAUAAACGAGUACCAAGCAUUGGAUCUCCUCAGCGCCCUGUGCCAAGUUCAGAAUAAAUCUCUCAAGCAAAUCAACCUCGGUGGACACAUCUGGAGUAAAGAUACGUUGGUGAAGUACAUCAAGUAUCUCUUUCCCAUUCCCACUCUUCAGAGUGUGACUCUGCCCGUGGAUGGUCUCAAUCCAGAUUCGUUAAAACAGUACUUUUUUGCCAAAAUGGCUGACGUGUCGUGCCUGCCGCCUUUAGAGAUAUCAGAGUAUGGCGCGGAAUUCAAAGAGCUGAAGCUGGCCUCCCAAGUUCGGAUGAAACCUUUGACUGUUGAGGUGAAGACCAAAGCCUUACGAGAUGGUGUGCAAUUUGUGUUCACAAAAGAUAUCAGAAGAGGUUUGAGGAAUAAACCUGCAGUCCGUAGGAAACGAUAUUGAAUCAUUUUACGUCAAUCAUUCUAUUCUGUCUUACGAAAUAAAUCCUAUUUAUGAUCUUAA